CUUAUCUGCUCUCCAAAACACUAAUAUUGUUUUUGUCUCUUUAGGAAUCACACUGUGGGACAGCGAUGACCUGAAAAGACACAUACAAGAAAGACCACAGAGACAUAACACCUUUGAAGUGGAUGCAUCUGAUUCAACUGAAGGACAGUUUUCAUCCCUGAAUGUUUACGGAUCACUAAAAGCAAGUUACAUGUUAGACAUGAUAAAAGUUGAAGGUUCUGGCAAAUACUUGGAGCAUAAAAAGACAUCCACAAAUCAGUGCCAAUUGACACUGGCAUAUAAGGUGACAACUAAAGUUCAGGAGCUGUCGAUGGAACAUCUUGGACAAAACAACCUUAAGCAUAAAGAACAACUUGAAGGAACUUCAGCAACACAUGUAGUAACAGCUGUUCUUUAUGGAGCCCAGGCCUUCUUUGUGUUUGAACAAGAGGCUUCUCAAAGUGAAAAUGAUCAAGACAUUCAAAUUGAAGGCAAGGCCAAACUGUUUUUUAUUAAAGUUGAAGCUUCAAUGAAAAGAAAAUUUAAAAAUAUAAUAAAUGCUGAGAAGUCUGUCUGCACCUUCUAUGGAGACUUUAAACUCGAGAAGACACCCAGAACCUUCCAAGAUGCCAUGCAAGUUUAUCAGAGUCUACCAAGCCUUCUUGGACCGAACGGAGAAAACGUUGUGCCGAUUAAAGUCUGGAUGCUACCUCUGAGCAGUUUAAAUGUUGCUGCUCCAGGAUUCUGUGUAACAUUUAACCAGAGCAAUCGUUGGUUCCUUCAAUUGAUCCAGAGUGUUAUGGAUGACUUCAGCAAGCUGGAAAUGAGGUGUAGGGAUUUACUUGCAGUCACUGGUAGCCAGUUUCCACAAAUGAGGAAAAAACUUGAAGGUUUUAAAGAAAUGUGCUCAACCUUAAAGGUGGAAUACCAACACUUUUUGAAAGAAAAACUCAUACUACUCCGCAGAGGAAGACAGAAGGAAGAAAACACUGAAGAGUCCCUGCAGAGUAGAAAUGAAUUUCCCUUUAACAUCAGCAACUUAGGGGAAUGGGUUAACUUUACAGAGCAGGAAAUAUCCGUCCUAAAACUUUUUGCCGAAACUGGGAAAAACAUCAAUAUUCUUAAAUCUCAAAUUCACUUGUCUGAGGAAACUGGAGAGAAGAGAAGCAAAACUUUAAAAAAACAAGUCUGCUUUAUCUUCACCUCACUGGGAGAAGUUGACACUUACAUGCAAACUUUUUCAAAUUGCUUGAAAGUAAACAGAGGAGAACGUCAACAAAUAUGUGAAAGAACAAAGGAACCAUGGUUCACUUCAAGAGAAGCAAAGAAAAAAAUGUGGACAAAAGCCAAACUCUUCCAUGAUUUUGCAGAAGCCAACAAGGAGAACAAGGAGAUGAAGUUC